AUGCGCAGAAUCGUCAACCUGGGGAUUUUUAGCAAGGGCAAGGCCUCUUCCAACUGCUCCCGCGAGGACCCGCAGGUCUCUUGCACCGUGCCUCUCCCAAAUAGCUCCCACAAACGGAAGUCUGGGUCUGAUCUCGCCUUCUCUGAGAUGAAUUUCUUUCCAAAACCACGGUCGCAAAGAAGAACAUCAGGACACAACCCUGGGCCUGCUCUCGCGGAGAACACUUUGUUCAACCACAGUGGAAACCAGCAGGCUCUCCCCAACCCAUCCGAGAUUGGAAUACCCUUCACUUGUUUACCCCCCAUCGUGAUGGAGCGAGAGAUAUCCAGCUCACCUCCACCUUCAUUGCAUCUCUUUAAAGAUCUUCCACGUCGAAGAUCACCGAAGGAAGAUGUACUCGAAGGUAUUCCCAUCAAUCAUCCCGAGAUUGGAUCAAUAACACCUCCACCAAGAGGCCCUGCUUGCAAGUUGCAGCAGACACCCAAAGUUGAUAUCCUGGGCAAGAUGGGCCGACGGAAACGGACUUCCUCUCCACGAACCCCAAACAAAUCGCCGACCACCCCUCUGGAGCCUCCGAAGAAGAGAGGCAAAACAUCGAAGAGUUCAUCCUCCAUUCCAUACUCAUGGAGCGACAGUGCACAACGGAGCAUAGACAGUGAUCGUGCUCUUGAAGAACAUUUACUCACCAUGAUGCAUGUUGGGCUGAAUUCCAAAGAGAUCUCUAGUGGAACUACACUUCCCUACUUGCCAGGAAAAUCUUGGACCCUACCAGAGUUGAGGACACUGCUGGAGGAGAGGAUGGGGCUCUGGUCGAAUGAGCUAAGCAACACGGACAAAGAAGAGCAGGGACCACCCAAAAUAGACUUGGUUCAGGAGGUUUCAGAUCCGGCUAUUCAAUCACUGAUGUCGGGUUCCUCUGAGCGAGGCCGUUCAGGUCGGUUCAACGUUGGUGGCAUACGUGAUAAGGUAUUUGGCAAACGCUCCAGCCAGAAGGCGACCACUGAGGCCGAUUGCGAUGUGCGCGGUGGUCUCUUCCAGGGGAAUGCAGUUGCGUGCACGAGUCAAAAUACCGGACACGCCGUGGAUACACAGGAUAAGUACGAACUUCUGGCACAACGCGAAUAUAAUGUGGAGAAUGUGCCCGCGGAGGACCCCGACUGUGAGAAUCCAUUUACUUCUCACGAUGAAGAGCCUCCCACUUCAGUGUUUUUGAACAAGGCCCCGCUUGCACGUACCUGUGAUAUCGAUUUGCAUGGCCUCAGCCGAGUUGAGGACGAUAAUUUAUUCUAUCAAACCCUGGAUGCAGCUUUUGACACAAUCAUGGCCCCGGGGAUUCCAGAAAAAGUCGCUUCAGACCUACAAGAGCACUUAUCGGAAGCCAUGUCGCCCUACGGUAUUGGGGGACCAUUGGAUCAAGCUGGGGUUUCUCGGAAAAGUCCAACGCCGAGCUGCCACGACACUGGCCCGGAGUUUGAAGACGAGCAUACAGUCAGCUUCACAUCGGCUAUCGAGCACAGCAAACCGGAGAUAUCUGAGGCAGGCCAAUCUGAGCCUCAUCCAACUACCAUUGAUGAUGGAUUCCACGAUUCAAGCAAUAAGAUGCCGUGGUUUAUUGACAAACAGUCCAAAUCGCACCCUUCAUCAGCGAGCGAUACUGACCAGAGACAGACCUCGGUGCUAUCUGGGUUUUGGCGGAAGAACAGACUUUAUUGA